GCCCAAAACCAUAGUAGGGAAACUCAGGUAAUCAAAUCAUCAUCGUCUGAUCGUUGGUAGGAGCGUUACAGUUGAAUGAUCGGUCCGGUUGGGGAAGAGAGCACACAGUGAAAACAUGACAGCCACAGCUCAAUCGUUCAAUGGCAACUUGAAGAAAGCACUUGCUGGGUUAAGACGUAUCAAUCUUGAAGGGCUGCGAUGGAGGGUGUUCGAUGCCAAAGGCCAGGUCCUUGGGAGGUUAGCAUCUCAAAUAUCCACUGUGAUUCAGGGCAAAGAUAAGCCAACUUAUGCGCCCAAUCGCGAUGACGGGGAUAUGUGCAUUGUUCUUAAUGCAAAGGAUGUUUGUGUAACUGGGAGAAAACUUACUGAUAAGUUCUACCGAUGGCAUACUGGGUAUAUAGGCCAUCUAAAGGAAAGGAGCUUAAAGGACCAGAUGGCCAAGGAUCCUACUGAAGUUAUUCGCAAAGCUGUCUUACGCAUGCUCCCGAGAAACAAGUUGCGUGAUGAUAGAGAUCGAAAACUGAGGAUAUUUGCUGGCAAUGAGCACCCCUUUGGUGAUAGGCCCAUCGAACUAGCUGUGAUGCCUCCACGACAAGUAAGAGAAAUGCGUCCCCGCGUGAGGCGAGCUAUGAUUCGAGCUCAGAAGAAGACUGAGCAACAGCAAGAAGGCACUACGGAUACAAGAAAAGGCAGAAAGAAAGAAGAGGUCAAAGCAGAAUUGAGUGCCUAGAGAAGUAUGGCAAGAGAUUUGCUUAUAUACUCCAUGUAAACACCCUAGAUCUGGUCAUGGGCUCCUGCUUUUCUUCUUUUUUUUUUUGGCUCAAAAAAUGAUAUUGGCAUGGCAGCCUUCCCUUGGAAUCUGUUAUAAUGUCAUCGGGAUUUUGUUUAGAUGGGGUACUUAUUUUGGCAAGCAUAGAAAGAACAAUGGGGCUUAUCAGUUUUUCUUUGUCGUGUUUGAAGCUCAAGUUACGAUGAGGAUUCUGCUACACAUUCUAUUUUUUGGCGGCUUGCCGAGCUUGAUCACUAAGCUUAGUCUUCCUGUUUAGAACCUUAUUAAUGAUUGGCUAACUUGGAGUAGGCAUCUUGCGUUGAAGCAAUACUAGGAC